GAAAAUUCCAUGUAUUCUUUCGGCCAAUCAGAAAAGAGAUAGUGAGUUCAACGUAUAAUAAUAUGCUCAAGCUAACAGGGUCUGGUCUACUUGAAACAACAGGUCAUCCCUUGCGUUUCAUUGGCAUCAACUGUGGAGAUGAAUCAUAUUGUUUUAGAAUGGGUCUAAAGUUGUAAAUGGCUCGACAGCACUUGAUUGGGUUUUCCAUUGUCUGUCAAGACACACUGAAUGAUGCCUUCUUUACUUAAGCAGGAGUGGAUUCUGAGGGGGUGGGGCAGGGGGCUGUGGCUUCGUUUUUUGCCUAAGUUCGUUUUCUGAAGCCUUAAGUUUUGGUCAUAAAACUAAUGGUCCCAGAACCCUAUAAGCAGCAUUUCCAGGAAAAUUUUACAUUCUGUUGUGUUGGGUUGAUAGGGAGAGGGGUUGCACAUCAAAAUUUCUUUGGCCCCCUCUAUCUCAAUGUUCUUGAUCUCCCCUUGUGUAAUUAGGUUGCCCUGUCUUUGUGUUUUCCUAAGUACCUUUGUGAAUUGAGAAUUUAACCAGGCAGGCUUUUAUUGAAUUCAUUUACAGUUCAGCUUACUGCAAAUUAUCUGGAAAAGGAAGUACAAGUUACUCAGCUAGGAAAUACUUCAAGCUGUGUUGGAGGUGUAAAUCUGAACAAAGGGGACUCAGCAUCCCUUGGACCUGGAGGAAUGUUUUGUCUCCUUGGAGACAGCUAUCGUUAUUUUAUUCACUUCACUUCAACAUCUUUUGAAAAAGAUGAUCCUGAUGAAGAACCAAGAGCAAAGAAAGCUCGUUGUGAUACCUUAAGUGACUCAGAUGAUGACAAUCUAUCGCAAGAAGACCUGGAGGAUAUACGCCGAGAAUUUGGCCAAGAGAUGGUUGAAAAAAUACAGCAGAAUCAAAAACAAGAUCAAGAGGUUUCCAAGCAGGAAAGUUCUCUUGCUUUUGAAGAUUGUUGGGAAAAUAUAGAAGGAAAGCUUAUUAUUUUUACAAGUAAAGGAAUAGAGGGAAGAUCAAAGAUUGCAGGUUUUGAUCUUGACAGAACUCUUAUUACCACACAGUCUGGGAAGGUGUUUUCUUCAUCAAUAACAGAUUGGAGAAUUCUCUAUCCAGAAGUUGUUCCAAAAUUGAAAGAGCUUUGGGACAGUGGUUACAAGAUUGAAAUUCAUAAGAAAAAGUUGAGUGUGGCAGACUUCAAGUUCAAGAUAGAGCAGAUUGUUAUUCAGCUGAAAAUACCCGUUCAGGUUUUUAUUGCCCCAGCAGUUAAUAUCAUUAUGAUUGUAUUGUAUUUAGAUGCAGCUGGUCGAGCAGCAGGCUGGGGUCCAGGGAAAAAGAAGGACUUCUCGUGUAGUGACAGAGCAUUUGCAGAAAAUAUUGGAAUCGACUUCUACACUCCAGAGGAAUUUUUCUUUAAGCAGAAGCCAGCACCAUUUGAGUGGCCAACAUUUGUGCCGAAAAAUCUCGAUCCCAAUGGAUCGUUCGUUGUGAUUGACAACACGAGUCCGACAACGGAAGUGAGAAAGAGAUACGUGGAUUGUGCAAAGCAAGCCAAGAUUCCUGCUCGAUGUUUUGUGUUUGAUGUGUCCUAUGAACACGCUCUACAUAACAAUAAGAUUCGCGAAAUGACGAAUAAGGACAAUUCAUACAAACACGUUGGACAUUUAGCUUUUGUGAAGUACAAAUCUGCGUAUGAAGAACCAAGUUGUCGUGAAGGCUUUGAAGAGAUUGUGAAAGUGAACUUUAUACCAAGGUUCAAAAACGAGAAGAUCAAAGAAUUGUACAUGCAGUUUCUUUAGUGACAGACGACAUGUGUAGGCGAUCAAACAGAAGCUGCUAUAAAUAAUUGUGAAUUGCGCAGAAACCAUUGCGCAUUCUUGCGCUCAGGACUGUCUCGUUUGCUUUCCUUGUUAACUUUCGUCUUCAGUAUUUUAACCUUUUCACUUUCUAUUAUGUCGAUAAGUGGUACCAGGCUCUCCGACGAUGCCGAACACGGAAUACUCAAGGAGCUGCAAUACAAUAUUACCCAUUUUUUUUGUAAAAAAAGUCCUUUCUGUAUUGUUUUGCAAAGGGGAAAUAUUUCAACAGCUUACGUAGUGAACCUUCUACGCCACUUCCCUCAGAAGAGCUAAUGUUUGUGAGGGGACUAGGAGACAGUUUAAAGGAUGAUUUCUCUCGUCCCCAGUAAACUCGCGUUGAACCAUUCCGAGAUGUAAGCCUCAGAAUUCGUUUGUGUUGAUUUAUGUAAAAAUGGUAUUUUUUGAAGUUGUAAGUGAUGUUGAGAAAAUUUCUACUUUUGA